GCGGCGCCUGGCGCGGCUGCCGCCUCUUAGUCGGCGGCGCCCGUCGGAGUCGGCCUGACAAUGAUCCGGGCGUCCAGCAGGAAGGGGGAGGCGGAUACAGCAGCAUCUUGGCUGAUUCCAUCAGCAGCAGCGUCUUCAAACCAGUCGUCAUCAUCAGCAUCGUAGCGGAUAAGGUCCUUAGCAACAUCAUGUACAACGUCAUCGUCUUCAGCUUGGUUCUGUCCUCCCUCACCGCGGUCACGUGUUUGUGGUAAAUGUCGCACCACGCCUGGAACAAGUUGAUGCAUGCUCUCCAUGGGAAUGGACCCCAGGGGCAGGGCAAGGGCCUCGGCAAGGGCAAGGGCAAGGGCAAGAAGCCGGAGGCGCCCGCCCGGGACCUCAACGACCCUGCCGACUAUCAGGCGGCCAUCCGCGACGCCAUGCCGGAGGCCGCCAAGAUGCGGGUUCAGUCCACCUUGCUCCAGGAGGAUUGGGGGGCCGAGGUUAAGCCUUACCAGACCCUGGACAGCACGGGAGGCGUGACGGUCGUGCCGACAGACGCCCUGCCCAUGGUGCUGGAACGCGUUGUCUACACCGCGAAGGCCACGGCGGCCAUCGUGACUGACCCAGGAUCCUGACGAUUUGUGUCUUCGCGGAUACCCCCGGGCCCGAGUGGACUGCCAGCUGAGCGUUGCAGAUGCUGGAGGGGGACGGACGACGGCGAGGGUGACACGUUGGCUCGUCCAGUUGGGUUUUGGUGAACAGGUGAAGAAGAGGGCGACGGGUGCCGCCGUGGACAUUGGCUUCCACAUGGGC